CGUUCUAGCAAGGGUGGGAGCUCGGGCGGGUGCCUGGAAACUGUCCCCAAGAGCAGACGCGAGUUUGCCGAGCGGUGUUGACAUGCCUGGAGCCCUGGUGAUUUGCAGCCACUCUAUAUCCGUGGGUACGCGCGUUCGUAGAUAUAGAUUCUGUUUCCGUGCAGGGCUCUAGACCUGGGCAAGAGGCGGGAGCCACAUCUAUGUGGGCUUCCUGCUGUGGGUUGCUGAAUGAAGUCAUGGGUACCGGAGCUGUCCGUGGGCAACAGCCAGGAUUUAUGGGUGGUCCUGGCCCAUUCAGAUUUGCAUCAAAUACAGAUUUCUCAGCAUAUCCAUCUUCAGGAGCCAAUGUAGUUUGCAAAGCAUGUGGACUUUCAUUUUCAGUUUUUAGGAAAAAGCAUGUAUGUUGCGACUGCAAGAAGGAUUUUUGCUCAGUUUGUUCAGUUUUGUAUGAAAAUAUCAGAAGAUGUUCUACUUGUCACUUGUUACAAGAGACAGCAUUUCAGCGGCCUCAGUUGAUGCGAUUGAAAGUCAAGGAUCUGCGUCAGUAUCUGAUCCUUAGAAACAUAUCAACAGAUACUUGUCGAGAAAAAGAAGACUUGGUGGAUCUUGUUCUCUCCAAUCAUGGAUUAGGUUCUGAGGACACAGACAGUAGUAGCUUGCAUUCUUCAAGGUCACAGACUUCUAGUUUUUCUACACAUCCAUUUUCUCUGUCUGUAUCAUCCUCUCGAGAAAUUACCAAUAGAAGAGGAAGCACAGGAAAUGGAACCCCUUUACAGGGUCAAAGUGGAAUGCCUUCUGCAAAUAAUGAAGAUGAAGAAAACGCAGAAGAGAUGACCCCUGGGGUGUCCCGAAAACGAGCACGGGCAUCACUGUCUGAUAUUUCAAGAUUGGAAGAUGUUGAAGGGUUGAGUGUCCGACAGCUGAAGGAAAUACUUGCACAUAAUUUUGUCAACUAUUCAGGAUGCUGUGAAAAAUGGGAACUUGUGGAGAAAGUAAGCAGGCUGUACACAGAGAAUGAGGAAAAUUAUAAGACAUCGGGAGAGAAGAUGCAACUGAACGAGAAUGAUGAUAAUCUGUGUAGGAUCUGCAUGGAUGCAGCAAUUGAUUGUGUUCUCCUGGAAUGUGGUCACAUGGUUACUUGCACAAAGUGUGGCAAAAGAAUGAGUGAGUGUCCCAUUUGUAGACAGUAUGUUGUACGAGCAGUGCAUGUAUUUAAGUCUUAAGACCAAAAAUGCAUUUUAUAGCCACAUUGAUAUCCAAUAUUUUUGGGGGCAAGAGUGGUGAAGCUUGUUAUGGAUAACAUUAGUUUUAAUAUGAAUUGAACAUUUUUGAACAAGCUAUAGAAGUAUUUGAAAUGUUUUCUUAUGGUGUAAAAGUAAUUGAAAUUGCACCUUGGUGAUGUAACUCAGGCAGCUCCUGCUGCAUACUUUAAAAAAUACAAACUGUUUACAGCAGAUCUAGCAUCACUUCUUGCUCUUGAGGAGAACACCUUAAUCAUUAAUUGGCUAAAAGAUCAAGUCGAAGAAACUGCUUUACCAUGACUAUCUUUCUGACUCAAUGCAUAUUCAUUGAACCAAACUAAUGUAAAUUGCUUUUUGUAAAUUAAAUAUUGCUCUUUAUAGAAUGUAACUGUUUUGACUCUGUUUAACAAUGGUGUUAAAACAGUCAAUAAAACAAGAUUGUAGAAAGCAAUGUGUGCAUUUCUGUGCAGGUACAACUCAUGUUUCCAUGCUUAUUGGUUCAUUCAGAAUGUACACAUGUAAUGGCAGACAUUGUCCUUGAACACUUUUAUCAAAGUGAACUGCUUACUGAUAGCCAAAUACUAAUUGUUUAAAGAAUAAAGUCUAGUUAAAGGGAA